UGUGAUAUUGGUGUUAUGAAUUCAUUGCAUAUUCAGUUGUUAGUGUAAUUAUGUCAAAAAUAUUUGAACUCGAUGAUGUUUUAUAUGUUUGCACUUGUGGCGCAGAGCAUCCAAUCACAAAAAUAUAUUUUUGCCGCCACUGCUCUAAGUUAAGAUGUGGAGAUUGCGUUUCCCAUGAGGUCGAUUCCCAUUACUGCCAGAACUGCUUGGAAUAUAUGCCAACUCCUGAAGCGAGGUUGAAAAAAAAUAAAUGUUCUAACUGCUUUGACUGCCCAAGCUGCAUGCAUACCUUAUCAACAAGAGCAACCAGUAUUCAAGUGCCUAAUCCAGAAGAUCCAACCAAAAAUAUUCCUAAGAAAGUGUAUUACCUAGUUUGUGGCUUUUGUCGAUGGACAUCUCGAGAUGUAGGCAUCCCUGAUCAAACUACAGCCAGUGGGGGAUGGCAAGAAAUCGAAAAUCCCCAUAGCAAGAGGAUAUCUCAACUGAUGGAAUAUUAUAGAGUACUUGCUCAGCGAGACAAGUUGGAGAAAGAAAAGAAAAAAAAAGGCAAUCAGCGUUAUGCAUAUGUGCACAUUUCAGAGAAAUAUGGCAUAUCUGGUAAAGUUGUGCGCAGAUUGGCUGGUCUUCCGUCAAGCUUAAACAAAAUAGAACCUGAAGUAUCAGAACAAUUGUCUACACCUGAAGCAACAUCAGAAGUUGAGCCUUUGCCUGAAAGUUAUCUAGCAGAGCCAUUAAACUUAUCAAAAAUUUGCACAUUAAGACAGAGAUUGUUCCAGCCACAGUUUCAACCCAGUUGUAUAUCGGAACUUUAUCCACAAAAUAAAUAUUUGCAUAUCAAGCGCUCACAGCGUUGCAAGGUAUGUGAGCAUAACUUGAUCAAGCCAGAAUACAAUCCUUCUUCUAUAAGAUUCAGAAUACAGCUGGCAGCUUUUUAUCAUAUACCUGAGCUUCGAAUAAAAAAUAUUUCGAAACUUUAUAUGGGAAAGGUUUGUAGAAUAGAAAUGGUUUUGAUCAAUCCUACUCCUCAUCCAUCUCAUGUCACUUUCAAGCCCUUGGAGACACAGCCAGAAAAUCUAUCUACAGUCAAAUUGCCACCUUCUGAAUUACUUUUAGCUCCAAGAGAUGAUACAGCAGAAUUUGAUGAUACAAAUGAUUCUCAAAAUUUCAAAGAUGAUCCAAAUGUUGUAACAUUUCGCAAAUCUAAUAAAUUGGGCUUUGUUUUCUCUGUCAUUCCUUCUACAAAAGAUGUUAUAGUUUCUUUCCAAAUGAAUCAUGAAUUUGUAAACAUGCCGGUGACCUUACCAGGAGAAAAACCUAAACCAAUACAAAUAAUCUGGUUGAGUCAUACAGUGAAGAUAAAUUUAGGUGCUGUUGUUGGAGAUUCAUGAUCAAAUUCCAUGCAGCUUUUAGAUUGAUUAUCUAGUUAUCUUCAAGUUGCCUGACAAACUCAUUGUGGCAGUUUUUGUGAUUAAGUUUAUUUAUUUUUUUCCCUGGGUUACUGUAUAUUGUGCGAGUUGUUCAUGCUGUUAAUUAAAUGUGGAUAAGAAUGCUUGAAAACAGCCAUUUAUAUUGCUUAAAUUAAAAUCAACUUUUGUUAUAAA